AUGCCUAAAUCAUCAAAAGAGUUGGUGGAACAAGAGGGCAGGCUCUGUUUAGCAGUUGAAUCUAUUCAGAAAGGUCAUACAAAAUCUAUUCGUGAAGUUGCACGCGUUUUUCAAGUUCCCCGAUCAACACUUCAAGAUCGCCUAAAUGGACUCAAAUUUCGCAAGGAUACUAGAGCCAACUCACAUAAAUUAACCUCUAUAGAGGAAGAAUCACUUGAAAAAUGGAUUAUAUCGCUAGAUCAACGUGGUGCACCACCAAAGCACUCUCAAGUCCGUGAAAUGGCGAAUCUACUACUUCAAAAGCGUGGUCAAAAUACAACUAUCUCUGUCGGACAAAAAUGGGUUACCAACUACAUCUCAAGGCAUGAUUCCUUGAAAAGUCGAUAUAGCCGUCAAAUCAACUACAAACGAGCGAAGUAUGAAGAACCUAAAGCUAUUCAGAUGUGGUUUAAACGCGUACAAACUGCUAUAUCAACAUACGGCAUUGUCAACAAAAAUAUCUAUAACUUCGAUGAAACUGGCUUUGCUAUGGGUAUCCUAGGUACUACUAAACUUGGUACGAAGGAAGUCUACCAUCUUCCUGGAGGAUUACUAUAUCCUCAAAUGGAUGGACUACACGAGAGAUUGGGAAAGCAUGGCUCAAAAAUCACUUCAUUCCAUAUAUCAAAACACGAAGAACAGAUUAUACCUGUCUAUAUGCCUGCUAAUUCCUCACAUCUAUGUCAGCCUCUAGAUGUUGCAUGCUUUUCGCCUUUGAAGAAGGCCUACAAAGAUCAAGUUCAACAGCUUAUCCGUACGGAAUAUCAUCAUAUCGAGAAGGUUGAUUUUCUUGACAUGUAUCCAAAAGCCCAUGCUCAAGCGUUUACUAAAGCAAAUAUACAAAGCGCUUUUAGAGCUUCAGGUCUUGUUCCUCUAAAUCCCAGCAAGAUACUAGAGAAUAUGAUUUUCAAGAAGACCAGCCGUCCGAGCAGUCAAAGCACCUCCUCUUCUUCGAUCUUUACAAAAACACCAAGAAAUUCGAGGCAAUUCAAGAAGUACGAGUCUACACUAUCUCAAUUACUUCAACAACAAGAUACUCCAGCUACACCAAUACAGUCAGCCUUAUCGUACAUCUUCAAAGGCGCGGAGGUUGCUUUGAAUCAUACAGUACUACUUGAGCAUGAAAAUCGCCAACUACGUGAAGCUCUUGACAAACGAAACACCAAGCAGAAACGCAAUCAACAUCAAAUGGAUGAUUUGAAUGGCCUCACUGUACAAGAAGCGCUUGAGGCUUUCAACCAUGCUAGAAUAUUGGAAGAACAGGCUGGGGAUGCAGGCCCUAGGGAGGAUCAACCACGCCGUCGGGCGCCUCCUAGGUGUAGCGCGUGCCAUAUUGUAGGGCAUAUACGUACUAGAUGUCCUAAUCGAGCAGUAUCUUGA